AUGGCCGAGCCCCAAGCUACUACCAGCGAGGUGCGAUCCCUCACCCCUACUUGUUUUCCUUGUUUGGAUCCAAGUAUUAUUUCGUUCCAAAUUCGGAUGAUUUUAAAGAUAAAAGAGAUUGAUGGUCGAUUGAAAAAUAUUUGCGAACAAAAGAAUCUAUUUGAUUUGGAGAGGAUUGAACAUCAAACGUUUCCAGAAGCUUUGAAGAGUCAACAUACCACAUCUUGUGAGAUUGAUCGUCAUAUUUAUGGCAGGGAGGAGGAAAUAAACCAGCUAGUUGAAUCGAUCUUAGCCGAUAAUGAAAGAGGUGAGGCAUUUGGUGUAAUUCCCAUCGUUGGGAUGGGAGGGAUUGGGAAGACAACCUUGGCUCCACAUGUCUUCAAUCAUGAAAAGGUUUGCGCACAUUUUCAUUCCAAAGCAUGGGUUUGUGUAUCAUAUGACUAUGAUGUGAAGAGGAUUGCAAAGGCAAUUCUUGAGUCAUUCACUUCCAAAUCCUCUACCUCUAGUUUGAAGGAGUUGAAUAAACUUCAAGCUGAAGUGACUGAAGCAUUAACUAAAAAGAAAUUUUUACUUGUUUUAGAUGAUGUAUGGAAUGGUAAGUAUGGUAAGUAUGAGGAUUGCAAUAAGUUGUUGUCUCCCUUCGAAUCUGGACUACAAGGAAGUAAAAUCAUAGUGACAUCCCGCAUCCAUGAUGUUGCAUUAGCAAUGGGACGAUGUCAUUUUUUGUUGAACCAUUUAUCUGAUGAUGAUUGUUGUGAAUCACUAGACUCAAGUGUUGAACUUGACAUAUUGGAGGCGCUGCGGCCUCUUAAAACGCUGGAAGGAUUAACCUUCGAGGGAUAUGGGGGUGAUGGAUUUUCAGAUUGGAUGAAUGAUGUAUUCUCAAAUAUGAGGGUAGUAAGAUUAGAGAAUUGUCAAAACUAUGCAUUGUUGCCUUCACUGGGGAAACUAUCGGUGCUCAAGGAACUUACCAUUGUAGGGAUGAAUGCAGCAAAGAAAGUUGGGUCAAAAUUCUACUGGGGGCAGCGGUCAUGUAGUUCCUCCUCAUGCUCAUCCAUGGCAGCCUUUCAGUCACUGGAGGCGUUGAUUUUUGAGGGUAUAGGAGAAUGGGAGGUUUGGGAAGGGAAUGCAGUAAUGCCUCAACUCCGAUCGCUUAUUGUUAAGCGCUGUCCCAAACUUGUGAGAGAAUUACCCAUUAAUAAGAAUAUUUCUCCUUUACUUGAGGUACUUUCAGUUAAAAAGUGUGGUCAAUUGGUGGUUUCCUUUUCUGAAGGUACUUUUCCUUCACUCUGUUCAAUUUUUAUUCGUGGAUGUGACAAAAUGGUGAUAACAGAGAAGGUUUGCUUCAACUCCCUUGUCUCAAUAGUUGCGGACAAAGUUCGAGAAGUAGAUGUCUCUGCACAAUUUUUUUCAAGUGUCACUGGUUUACCUAAGCUUGAAUUCUUGUGUGUUAAUGGCGAAGGAUAUAAGAAGAUUAAUAUGGAGCAAUAA